AUGGCCGAAGACAUUGAUGUCCGAGCCAUCUCGGCCUUUUCCUCACUUCCGGAGAACACCAUCACGACGUUGCGCCAGACUCCUUCGCCAGAGUUGAUUGACGAAAUCCUUCGAGCUUUUCUCCCGCGGAUAAAAGAGUGUGAACAGACAAAGGCGAAACAGGUCAAGACGGAGAUCGAGCUAGAAACAUACACGCGUAAAAAUGACUCCAAGGUUAAGGCUCUCUCAGAGUCGCGGGACAAGGCUCUUGAGCAGGCAGGCAAACUGCGUGGUGAAUUGCAGAUUGCUGAAACCGCAAAGACCAGACUGGAAACCGAAAUCGACCAAAUGCGCUCGGCUACGGCAAACGAAAACUCCGAGAUCAGCACUCUCAAGUCACGAGUCACCUCGCUCGAAGCUGCCAACCGCGACACACUUGCCCUUCUUGAGUCCAAGACUACCGCAUACGAAAGCCUGUCGCAGGAACUUGCCGCUCAGCACCAAAAGGCCGCAGAACUUCGGAAGCAGAUCGCUACCCUCGAGCAAUCAGUACAGUCCGCUAAUGCCUCCGUCGCUAGCGCGAAGUUCAAGGAGCAGAGCCUACUACAAGAGGUGGACAUGCUUAAGAAGAACAACGAGUGGCUGGAAAAUGAAAGAAAGAUCAAAGCCGAUGAGCAUACAAAUUUCCGCAAAGAGAAGAAUGCUCGAAUUUCCGAAUUGUCCAGAUCUAAUGAACAAUACAUUGCUGAAGCUGAAGCCUUGAGACGGUCCGAAACGGCGCUUAAGCAUCGAUUGGAGGAGCAGGCAACGAAACUUGAGGAGACGCUAGAGGAAAUCCAAAAGAUUCGCGAAGAAAAAAUUUCCUCAGACGAAUCCCAUCGAGUUGAACUUGAAAGUGUUACUCGCCUGGCUGAUUUGCAAGCUGCGUCGGCCGAAACUGCGAAACAACGAGUCCAAGAACUUUCUGCCGCCUUGGAAGAGGCCCGCGAAGAGGCAGCAGAAGAAGUUGGCACCAUUCGAGCCGAGAUCGAGUCUGAGCACAAUGACCGUGUUGCUGCCGAACAACGAAUUGCCGAACUGGAGAGGUCUCUGGAAGAGUUAUCAAAUGAGCUCGAACAAGCCCGAGCACGACCAAGCACUCCGCAGCGUGCAAUGAACGGCUCAGGUAUCACCACGCCUAUUCGAGCUGGUACCCCUGGGGGCAUCUUUUCGCCUUCCUCCAUCUCAAGGCCGAGGACCCAAAUGACAAUGACUCAACUUUACAAUGAAUACACGAAACUCGAAGGAGAUCUUGCAAGCGAGAGACGAGCCAAUGAGCAACUGCGCGAGAACCUUGAUGCAAUGGUCGAGGAACUCGAGAACAACAAGCCUGAGAUUGAAGAAUUACGGAUGGACCACGAUCGACUACAGAGUGAAGUCGUGGAGAUGUCCAGCAUCAUGGAUAAGGCUAAUGCUGAGCGAGACUCCGCUGUCAAAGAACUCAAGCACUGCCAAGGCCAGCUCGAGAGCAAGUCGAGAGAAGUCGAAGUCCUCACGCAGCAACUUCGAGAUACAGGCUCGCAGAUCCGCUUCCUCUUAAUCGAACAGCAUGUUAGAGAACAAGGCGGCUCUUUGACUCGGGAGGACUUUGAUGACCUUGAGAGACAGGCCAACGAAGCCAUGGCCCAAGACAUGGCCAACUUGUCCGAGACACAGCAAUUAGUCAACCAACGCCUGAUCGUUUUCAAGAACAUCGACGAGCUUCAGCGACAAAAUCAAGACCAACUCAAGACCAUCCGUAAUCUUGUCAGUGAACUUGAAAGCAGCGUUGCGAAAGAGAAGGAACAGCAACAACUUGCUAUGAAAGAGGAGCUCGAGCAGGCUCGUGCUCAAAUAUCCUCAUACCAGGACGAACUUAAGACCAUGGUUGCUCAGACCAAGAGUUUUGUCAAGGAAAGAGACAUGUUCCGCAAUAUGUUGACACGACGUGGUCACCUAGCCGCUGGACAAGUGCAUCCUACGGACUUCUCCAGGUCACUCCCUGUUCCCAAUGGGGAGUCACCGGCUCCUUCAGUGGCAGGUGGCGAGUCUGAUUAUGCCAAGUUACUCAAAGACUUGCAACACCACUUCGAUACGUACCGACAAGAAGCCUCCACCGACCACUCGGCGUUGAAGACUCAAGUUGACGAGUUGAGCAGAAAGAACUCCCAAUUACAAACAGAGAUCAGCCGCGCCAUGGGGCAACUGACAGCUGCUAACCAACGGUAUGAGAUGCUCCAAGCCAAUUACAACUCUCUGAAGACCGAGAACGGAGAAAUCCAGAAGAGAUCGUACGCUGUCAUGGACAAUGCCAACAAGCAGGAAGUCAAGGCGCAGCAAGUUGCUGAAGAGCUUGUUGAGGCCAGAGCUCUGGUGGAGAGCUUGCAGCGCGAUUCUGCCAACCUCAAGGCCGAGAAGGAUCUCUGGAAGACCGUGGAGCGAAGACUGAUCGAAGACAAUGAAUCUUUACGAAAUGAGCGUGGCCGACUAGAUCAGCUCAAUGCAAGCUUGCAAUCAAUCAUCAACGAGCGUGAGCAAACUGAUGCAGAGAGCAGACGUCGUCUUCAAUCACAAGCCGAAACACUAGAGACAGAGCUCCAGUCUGUGAAGAGGAAGCUCAACGACGAGAUCGAGGAAAGCAAAAAGGCCUCCUUGCGGCGUGAAUACGAACAUGAACAAAGUCAAAAGAGGAUUGACGACCUCGUCACAACGCUGGGCACCACAAAAGAAGAGCUGGCUUCCGCCAAAACCGCAAGAGAUCAUCUUCAAGCCAGAGUAGACGAACUUUCGGUUGAACUUCGCUCUGCAGAAGAGCGUCUAGAGGUUUUGACCAGACCUGCCGAACCAGCCGCUCAAGAAAAUGGCACAGAGGAGAGCAGUCUCACCAAGGAGCAAGAAUUGUCAGUGGAGAUUUCUGAACUCAAACGAGAUCUCGACCUCAAAGUUUCUGAGCUUGAGAGAGCCAACGAACAGGUUGAGGUCUACAAGAAUAUUAGUCAGUCAAGCGAAGAGCGACUUCAAGAGCUUAGCGAGACCAAUGACCAGUAUCGGGAGGAGACAGAAGCUGUACUCGCUGAGAAAGAUGGUAAGAUAAAGGACCUUGAGCAACGCAUUGAAGAUAUCUCGUCAGAGCUUAACACUACCAACUCCGAACUAUCCAAGCUCCGAGACGAACAGGCCGACGCAGGCCGGAAGCUCCACGAACAAAAGGCUGGCUUUGAAGCUGAGAUUGAACGACUCAAAGAGGAAGCUGAGAAGAGCGCCGAGCAAGCUCAAUUCAACCUGGAAGCUUCCAAAGUGCAAGCACAGAUCGCCACAGAAGCUCAGCAGAAUUACGAGAAUGAGCUUGUCAGACACGCAGACGCCGCAAAGGCGCUGCAUACAGUCCGAGAGGAAGCCAACCAGAUCAAGCUGGAGGCAGUUGACCUACGUACUCAGGCGGCGACUGCAAAGGCGGAUCUGGAACAGAAAGAGGCCAGCUGGAACGAGCUGAAGGAUCGAUACGAAAGAGAAGUGUCUGAUCUUAAGCAGCGCCGAGAAGAAGUCAUGCAGCAAAACACCCUACUUCAUAAUCAACUCGAACGACUAACACAACAAAUCAGCACCCUUCAGCGUGAUCGUGCCGCUUUGGCUGAAGGCGAGAAUGCCGAAGGCCCGACGCAGGCAUCUGCCGAACUCGACGAGUCGCAGGAGAUGAUACGAUAUUUGCGACGUGAAAAGGAGAUCAUUGAAGUUCAACACCACAUUUCAGUCCAAGAAAGCAAGAGAUUGCGCCAGCAACUGGAACUUGCUCAGUCUCAACUAGAUGACACUCGACUGAAGCUUGACCAGCAACGCCGUGCUGAAGUUGAUGCUGAGCGCAAUGCUAUCAACCACAACAAGCUCAUGGAGACUUUGAACGAGCUGAAUCUUUACCGGGAAAGCAGCGUGACUUUGCGAGCGGAGCUGAAACAAGCCAAGGAUUCCCUCGCGGAGAGAUCUAAGCGUGUGGAGGAGCUCGAGGGCAAAAUUCACACUUUGAACACUCGUGUUGCAGAACUCGAAAACCUGGUCGAACUUCGUGAAGGUGAGCUGAAGCUGAGCCAGGAAGAUCGUGAUCACUGGCAACAACGCUGUCAAAACAUUCUUUCCAAAUACGACCGUGUUGACCCGGCCGAGCUGGAGGCUCUCAAAGAGAAGAUCGCUACACUAGAAAAAGAACGUGAUGAGAUCAAGACAGAAUAUGACAGUGCUGUUGCCGAACGCGAUGAGGCGCGAACCGCUCUGCAGAAGCAUGUUGAUGACCUUCCUACCGUCAUCAAGAAUGCCAAAGCAGAACAAAAGACUGUGCUUGAGACUCAGUUCAAGGAGGUCCUCCGAAAGAAUCGAACGGUAUUGGUUGAGAGAAAGGCUGAGCUAGAUGCCGCGCUAGCUGAAAAAGUGGUUUUGCAGGAAGAAUUGGACUCUGCCAAAGCACAACUUGCAGCUGCACCAACUGAAAGUGCAGUGUCUGUUCCCCAGGCCAACGGUGUUGCUGAGGUUCAGCCGACAGUCGUUCCAACUGACGGCCCAAGUAGUACCACCGAUAAUACAGCGGUGCCCGAACUUGAGGCCAAAGUCAGGGAACUGGAGGCUUCUCUUGUCGCAAAGGACAAGGAAAUCCAGGACAUGACUUCUUCUCAGGACGAAAAGUACAAUAAUAGGAUAUCAGCAAUGGAGAAGAUACUCAACAAGCGUCUGCAAGAGGUAAAGACUGAAGCCCAGCAAGCAAAGGUUGCUGCAUUGGAGGAGUUGCGCACCAAACUUGACGCUGAGCAUCAACAAGAAAUGGAAGCGCUGCGAGCCAGCUCUGUUCCCGUGGCCGCGGAUUUGCAGCAAGCCACCGGCGAUACUCCAAAUGCUGCAACUGAGGUAGCUCCGAGUGCGGCGACUGAGACUGCUACACCUGUCGGCGCCGACCAGCUGACAGAAGAAGUUCUGUUGGCCAUUCCGGAAGACAAGGCCAGAUUCCUCGUUCAGAAGCAUGAAGUUCUCCGCAAAAUGGUUCAGACCAAUAUCAGAAACCGAGUUGAAAAGGAGCGAGAAAGCCUGCGUGAGACAAUCCGAAAGGAGAUCGGAGAGGAAACUGCGACCCAAGGCAGCCAGCCUUCCUCUCAACAGAUCGAAGAACUCGAGCGGCGAUUCGAACAAGAGAAAGAGUCCAUCAUCCGGCAGAAGGAGUCCGAGUGCAAUGCUGAAAAGCAGACACUCGCCAAGCAAUAUGAAGAUAAACUCGCCCGGGAGAAGCAAGAUUUAAUCGUCAAGCAUCAUGAGGAGCUGAGCUCACAGAGACUCCAAUUUGAUCAAGAGUCGGAACGGAAGAUUCAAGAACAGGUUCGAAAUGCUGAACAGAUGAUGGAGAAGCGUGGUGCAGUUAAGUUGAAUAUGGCUACGAACAAAGCCGCAGCGGCCACUGCUAAAUUGGAGGUGGUGAAAAAGGCGGCAGAAGAAACACCUGAAAAACCAGUUGGGGAGGUCUGGAACAUUGCUAAGGACACCAAACCUCCACCAGCUGCUCCAAAACCAGCAGCCACUGCCACAUCUUCUGCUCCGGCUGCAUCUGCUCCAGCAGCCGCUCCUUCACAGCCUCCUGCAACUCCAGACAGCAAGACGAAUGGAAAUGCACAAGCUACAUCCACUGAACAACCUGCACCUGCCACUGCAACUGCUGCGGUCAAGACUGAAGCUUCAGCACAAAAACCUCCUCAGCAGCAGACCGGCGCCCAAGCUACCACGACUGAAAAUGCCAAACAACCUCAGGCGGGCGGUGCUGCUUUGAUGCAUCAAUUGCAGUCAGGUAUUCCACGAGGUGGUUCAAUUCGUGGUCCUCGGGGUAGCGGUAUUCCUCGAGGAAGAGGAGCACCAAGAGGUCGAGGAGGUGCACCUCAUGUUCAGACGGGUAUUCCACAGCAGGCUAGGGGAGGCGGUCAUGUGGGCAGUCCUGGACGGGGGAACUUGAAUCCUCAAGCUGCACAGUUCACUCCAGGAGGAGGCAAUAAGCGUGCUAGGGAAGAUGGAGGGUCUGCCGAUGACGGUGGUCAAGGAAAGAGAAUUCGUGGUGAAGGAGCGUCUUCUUGA